AUGGCUGCCUUAGAAAACGCUCAGUUUUGGAACGACGGACGUCGAGGUGAUACGGAUGGCUCUCAGUUGGAGGAAUUUGGAUCAAUUUUAACCGGUCUAGCCCUGAAAAACAGCGACAUAGACUGCUUCGUGAAUAUACCGCUCGAUGUCGGCGAGGAUGCCGUGCAACUCGCAUUACGUACUCAUAGAGCUCUUCUUAAAAAUAAAACAUUUGUUAACGUUAAAGUAUUUACUAAAACAAUGAUCCCUAAAGUCAAUUUUAAGCACAGGGAAACCAAAAUCUUUUGCGAUGUUACUUUCUCUGGUCGAGGCGCAUUGAAAAAUUCACUUUUACUCCAAUAUUUGAUAUCCAGUGAGGAGCGUAUCCUACCUCUGAUGUUUAUAGUUAAAUAUUGGGCUAAAAUCAAUAAAAUCACGGGUAGAUAUCUAAUGUCUAAUUACUGUCUAAUAUUACUGGUAAUAUUCUUUUUACAAACAGAACGUAUAUUACCAACAAUUGAGUUUCUCCAGCUAAAUGUCGAGAUGGAAGAAACCGACAAUUGGAAUACGGAAUUUGCUCGUGUUGUCAAUUUGAAUGAUAAUCCAAAAAGUGUAUACGAGUUAUUAGGCGAGUUUUUUCGUUUCUAUUCGGUUUUGGAUUUUAAAAAUAAUAUUAUUUCAUUAUAUACCGGUGAUUUAAUAAAGAGAAAAAGUUUUGCCAACGUCGAGAAAAUUCCAUCGGUCUACGAGAUUUAUUGGGUAAAUGUUAUGGAACAUAAUCUUCCGGCCCUUGUUUUAGAUACUCCUUUCUGUAUUCAGGACCCUUUCAAUCAUUCGCGAAAUGCGGGUGUUACUGUAAAAUCUCAAACAGCCGGGUGUAUCGUAAAGCUUAUGAAGAAUGCCGCGUCAAUAUAUGAACAUGAAUCUGAAGAUUACUUUCUUCGGAAACUCUUGAAUUCAUAUGGAAAAUAAAUCUAGUGUAACGUGUGUAAUGUAGGGCUCCGACAAGAUACGGGCGACAAAAAAUAAUUGUCACCGGUAACAAAAUCACUGAGUUGAAUUUUUUUUUUUAAUUACAAAAUGGCAGGCAAGUUUAUUCGCAGUUAUCUUUUUCUAAAUUUGUACUAGCUACAAGGCACUUUUAUGUUCAAAUGUUUAGUUUUUUAUGUUAUGUAAUUAGAAAUUAUAAGCUAUAACAUUAUAAAUUGGAAUUAAAAUAUAUUACUUGGA